AUGCCUGAUCAAAAACAAUCCAUUAAUCUACAAAAAAAAAGUAACACUACUCUUAAUGAAGAGUCUAGGAAAAUUGCUGCUAAAUUGAAAUCGGAAGACAAAACAAGUAUUGAAGGUAAAUCUAAGCAUGAUGAAGAAAUGUUAGUAAACAAUCAAGAGUCUGUUGGUAAUACUAAACAAAAACUCGAAAACCAAGUAUUUUCAGAUAAAGCAUCUAUGGAAGAUGACGAUAUAUAUAAUAAAGAGUCGGUUGAUGGUGAACUAAUACCUGAAGACAAAAUAUGCAUUGUCAAUAAACCUAGGGCAAAGUAUGGACCAUCGUUUUCUCUUCAAAUUAACAACCAAGAAUCUGGUGAAUGCAGUGCCAAGUUCUCUCUUGAAGAUGAAAAGCGGGUUAAUAAUAAAGAACCUAUUGAAAGAAAUAGUAAGAAUUUACUGGAAGGUGAAAAAUGUAUUAACAAUAAAUCUGAUUCAGAAGAUGGACUACCGCCAACUACUAUUGUUGAGAAACAUCAAUGUGACAUUUUGCCAUGUAGCCUUAAAACAUUGUCUACAACUGUAGUAGACAAUAGAAAGCGUUACCAAAAUCAAAACGAGGAUUUAGAUAAAAAUGAACCAUGCUCUUUAAAGAAAAUUAAAAUUGAAAAAACUUGUGAAUAUCAGUUUCAACAGAUAUGGAAACAUCUUGAACGAGACCCUUCAAAUUUCAAGGAAUGGACACAUUUAUUAAAUGUAAUUGAUUACCAAAAUAUUGAAGUUAACUCAAGAAUGGCUUACUCUAAAUUUCUAGAACUAUAUCCACUUUGUUACGGUUACUGGAAGAAAUAUGCUAAUUUUGAAAAAAGAAUUAAUAAUAUACAUGGGUUUAAAAAAGUAUUAGAAAAUAGCUUAAGUUCCAUACCUAUAAGUGUUGAUUUGUGGACUUAUUACAUGUCAUAUCUGAGAUUGGAACAUAGAAAUGAAGAGGAUCUUAUUCGUAAAGAGUUUGAAAGAAGUUUAAAAAUGUGUGGACUUGAUUAUCGUUCUGAUAAGUUAUGGCAUGAUUACAUAUCAUGGGAAGUGGAAAAAAACGAAAUAUUUAAUGCAGUUAACAUAUACUAUCGUCUUAUUCGUAUACCAACUUCAAACUAUCUAAAAAAUUUCUUCAAAUUUCAAGAAUUUAUAUUCAAAAAUUUACCUGAAAAAUGUUUAGGUCUUGCAGAGUUUACUAAAAGACGAAAUAUAAUAAUUGAAUCACAUGAACAAAUAUUAGAUAGAAAUUCAUUUGUUGAUGAUUCUAUACCACCUGGCGAAGAUAGUUUACAGAUAACUGAAUAUACUGAAAAUAGUAUAAUGUCCAUAUUAAGGAUUGAUAUUAUUGAAUCAUGGUACAAUAUUCACAAGCAAACUGCCAAAGAAUUUGAAAGUCGGAAAAAAUUUGAGGAAAAUAUACGAAGAACUCACUUUCAUGUAAAGGAGUUAGAGUCUAAUCAGAUAAAAAAUUGGGAAAACUAUAUUAAGUUUGAAAAAAAAUCUGGAAACCAUGAACGCAUUAUUUUUCUAUACGAAAGAUGCUUGAUAACGUGUGUUUCAAAUGAAGGAUUAUGGUUAAAUUAUUUAGAAUAUUUAUCCUUUGUAAAUUUAGAUGUUAAUGCUUUAUUAGUAGAUGUAUUCAAAAGAUCAUUAUUCCACCAUCCAAAGUCACUCUUGCUAAAUUUGAAAUAUUUUGAUUUUUCCGAAAACAAAGGUUGGAUAGAAAAAGCUAUCGAAACUAUAACAAAAUUAGGGAUCAUUUAUCCAAAUUCAAGGGAUGUUACUACUAGAAUAAUGCAUUUAGCUAGAAGAAAGGAAGAUGAGACCUUAAAGAUUUUAUUUAAGCAUCAUUUAAAUUGUUCUCAAACAAAGUCUUUUUCCAAUUACGUUGCGGUGAAAUAUGCACGUUUUGUUUGGAAACACGAUCGACAGUUAAAUCUCGCGCUUGAUAUUUUAAAUGAUACCAUACGAAAAAACAACUCAGUAAAUAAUUCGGGCAUUCUACGGGCCCUUAUAUUCAGGCAGGCGUCGCCCGAUUGCGGCCCUAAGUAA